GCUGGUUAAACGGUGUGUGUGUCCCGGUGACAGGCACAUGCACAGUCUGGAGAUCCGGGAGCGGAGCGCCUGAGAGAGGAGCGUCCGAGCGCAGCGCACAGCCCAUCGGCCGCCUGCAGGUAGAGAGGGGGAAGCCCGCGGGGAAGGACGCAGGACACGGACUGGAGGACACGGACCGGAGGACACGGACUGGAGGACAGCAGAUCCGAGAUGGCACUAGCCAAAGAUCCCGGGUCGGGCCCGGAGCAGAGGGACGCAGCCGACCAAAACUUUGACUACAUGUUCAAGCUGCUGAUCAUCGGCAACAGCAGCGUGGGAAAGACCUCCUUCCUGUUCCGCUACGCAGACGACUCCUUCACGUCAGCCUUUGUCAGCACUGUGGGCAUCGACUUCAAGGUCAAGACCAUCUACAGGAACGACAAGAGGGUCAAACUUCAGAUCUGGGACACAGCCGGACAGGAGCGCUACCGGACCAUCACUACCGCUUACUACAGAGGAGCCAUGGGGUUCCUGCUGAUGUAUGACAUCACGAGCCAGGAGUCCUUCUGUGCCGUGCAGGACUGGGCGACACAGAUCAAGACGUACUCGUGGGGGAACGCUCAAGUGGCGCUGGUCGGCAAUAAGCUGGAUUUGGACGAAGACCGGCAGGUCCCCACUGAAGACGCCCAAAGACUGGCCACAGAGCUCGGCUUCCAGUUCUUCGAGGCCAGUGCCAAAGACAACAUCAACGUGAAGCAGGUUUUCGACAAACUCGUGGACGCCAUCUGUGAGAAGAUGAACGAGAGCCCCAACGGCGAGGCCGGCCCGGCGGCCAACAACAAGGGAGCGGACCUGAAGGAGACGCCCGGCAGCAGCCAGGGCGGCUGCGCAUGCUGAGAACUAUCAGUGAACACAGAGCGACUGAUCUGAUCAUUGUGAAUGUACUUUACCAUAUAUGUUACUGCAAUACUAUCACGGAUGCUUGGCUCUCUGAUCUUUUCCUAACUUGGUGGCGACUCUUCGUGAUUUGAACGUGACUGUUACGCUGACAUGCCAAAGACCUGCACUGACCUCUGCUGCUGCUGCAUUCUGUCUUUGUCUGGGUGGGGGAACAGCACCUGUCUGCAGGUGAGGGUGGGUGGGUGAAUGGCAGAUCAACAUGGCGUGGUGGAUCGCUGCCAUUUACUUGAGUCAUGCUACCCCCUUGUGGGCGUGACGUGGAAAUGCAUCACUGUGACUCGUCACACCUGAAAGGUGCUGUGUCAUUCCAGGUCUAUGUGUGUCGUCCAGACUUGUUGUUAUUGUUUUGGAGGGAAUAUUCUCAGCUGCUUUUAAUUUAUAUUUUUAUUUCUUUUGUUUGUUUUUGUACCUUUUAAAGGUUUAAUGCUUCAACGUUUCCUUUCUGGGUUUAUCGUGUCCCUCUAAAAGUUGAAAUUAAAAGACGUGGAUCUAUA